AUGGCCCAUCUCACCAAACCAACGCAAUACAAGAUUGAAGAUAGCAACAUUGCGCUGCUCGGAUCUGAUCUUGAGAAACGAGUGCGUGAGCACGCAGGAGACACAGAGCCCGCAUGGGAGUCUGCUGGCAAGGCUGUCGGACUCCAAAUCUGGCGUAUAGAGCAGUUUAGGAUCAAGGCUUGGACCCGCGUUGGCGAGUUUUACGAUGGAGACUCCUACAUAGUCUUGAACACGUACAAACAAGACCCAAACUCCGAGGCACUCAGCUAUAAUCUCCACUUUUGGCUAGGCUCGGAAACCACAGCGGAUGAAGCUGGGACUGCUGCCUAUAAGACAGUGGAACUCGACGACCACCUCCAUGGCACACCGGUCGAGUAUCGAGAAGUGCAAGACUUUGAAAGCCCGCGCUUCCUCUCCUACUUUCCGAAAUUCCUCGUCCUUCACGGUGGAACCGCGUCCGGCUUUCGACAUGUGACCGAACCGCCGCCUCUCAAUCUCUUCAACUUCUACCAUAUCAGCGCGUCAAAGCCAUCCGCAACCGGUAACAAGCCUGCAAAUCUCAUCGUGCGUCAAGUCACCCACGCCUUCAGGAAGACGAUGGAGCAAUACCCCAGUGAUGUGUUUGUGCUGGACAAGGGGCGGGAAAUCUGGCAGUACAAUAGUAAGAAGAGCUCUGGAAAAGAAAAGUUCAAGGCCGCGGAGUUCGUCCGGCAAAUCAUCGACGGGAGGAAGCAUGAACCGAUUCUUAAAGUCUUUGACGAAGGUGGACAAGGCGCGAGCCUAUUCGUCAACGAGCUGUACCAAGAGUCAAUCGAGGACAGUGAAGACGAAGAGGACCCGGCACUGGCCACUCCAGCACCGUCCGCACCAAGUUCACCCAUUCUGUUCCGUCUUUCGGACGAAAGUGGCUCAAUCAAUUUUACGCAAGUGGAGCUCGCGAGCGGAACCCCAACGCUUGCCGACUUCCAGGACCAAGAUGCCUUUUUAUUAGACGAUGCCAAAAACGCACAGGUGCCAGCCAUCUAUGCAUGGGUUGGGAAAGAGGCAUCUCCCAACGAGCGGAAGUAUGCCAUUCAGUAUGCCCAAAACUAUCUCUGGAAACAGGGAAAGACGAAGAAGAGCGCAAAGACGAGCGUUGUACGCUUGACUCAGGGUCAUGAAAGCGCCCAGUUUUUACGCGUCGUCGGUGCUCAACGUUCAUAA